GAGGGUCGGGCGUGGUGCGGGCGGCGGCCGCGUGCCCGGCACCAUGGCUACGGUAGAGGGGCGGCCGGCGCAAUAUGGCGUCACCCUUCGGCAACUGCGCGAGCUGAUGGAAACUCGCGGGGCCGAGGGGCUAGCCAAGAUCAACGCGCUCGGCGGACCUCAGGACUUGUGCAAGAAGCUCUACACAUCGCCCACAGAUGGUCUUAGCGGUUCGAAAGCGGACCUGCAACACAGGCGCGAGGUGUUCGGGUCGAACCUGAUACCGCCGAAACCUCCCAAAACCUUCCUCACCCUGGUCUGGGAGGCGUUGCAGGACGUUACGCUCAUCAUAUUGGAAGUAGCUGCCGUGGUGUCACUAGGGUUGAGUUUUUACAAACCGUCCGAAGACGAGAGUGAUCUUGCACAUCUGGAUGAAGAAGAAGGUCACUACCAAUGGAUCGAAGGUCUGGCGAUCUUAAUAUCUGUCAUAGUUGUCGUCAUAGUCACAGCGUUCAACGAUUAUACGAAAGAGAGGCAAUUUAGAGGACUCCAGUCUCGGAUAGAAGGUGAACACAAGUUUGCAGUGAUCAGAAGUUCCGAAGUAAAGCAGGUACCGAUAAGCGAAAUAGUCGUCGGCGACAUCUGCCAAAUCAAGUACGGUGACCUUCUGCCCGCUGACGGUGUACUGCUCCAGAGCAACGAUCUCAAGAUCGACGAGUCGUCACUGACGGGUGAAUCGGACCAUGUUAAAAAGGGAGAAUCAUUUGAUCCCAUGGUGCUAUCCGGUACUCACGUCAUGGAAGGCUCCGGCAAAAUGCUGGUUACGGCGGUUGGUGUCAACUCACAGGCGGGUAUUAUCUUCACACUCUUGGGUGCGGCGGUCGACAAGCAGGAAAAAGAGAUCAAGCAGAUGAAAAAAGAAGCUAAAAAGCAGCAACGGAAAGAGCAACAACAGCGCAAGAGCCUCACAGGUGAUGACGAUUUGGCAGCGUCGGGUAAUAGUCACGGCAACCACGCGCGACCAGACGACAACCACGUGGCCGCCCCCCCGGCGGACAAGCCGGCCCCUGAACAUUCGCACAAGAAGGAGAAAUCGGUGUUGCAGGCGAAGCUGACCAAACUAGCCAUUCAGAUCGGUUACGCCGGUUCAACGAUCGCGGUGCUAACAGUAAUCAUACUAGUCAUACAAUUCUGCGUACAUACCUUCGUGAUUGAGCAAAAGGAGUGGAAGGCGACGUACAUCAAUAACCUCGUGAAACAUCUCAUCAUUGGUGUGACGGUACUUGUGGUGGCGGUACCUGAAGGUUUACCGUUGGCUGUCACUCUCUCCUUGGCUUAUUCUGUUAAGAAAAUGAUGAAAGAUAACAAUCUGGUGCGGCAUUUAGACGCUUGUGAAACGAUGGGUAAUGCGACUGCCAUUUGUUCUGACAAAACCGGUACCCUGACGACAAAUCGUAUGACGGUUGUACAGUCGUACAUUUGUGAGAGACUCUGCAAGGUCACUCCUAACUUCAGAGACAUACCUCAGGAGGUAGGGGAAACUAUGAUCGAGGGUAUGGCUGUGAACAGCGCUUUUACUUCUAGAAUUAUGCCAUCCCAAGACCCGACCGGACCUCCGAUGCAAGUUGGUAACAAAACGGAAUGCGCGCUACUUGGUUUCGUAGUCGCGUUAGGACAGAGUUACGAUGCUGUGAGAGAAAGGCAUCCAGAGGAAUCGUUCACGAGGGUAUACACGUUCAAUUCCGUGCGCAAAAGUAUGUCCACUGUCAUCCCUUAUAAGGGCGGCUAUAGAUUGUACACUAAAGGCGCUUCGGAAAUCGUUUUGAAAAAAUGCGCAUUCGUUUAUGGUCAUGAAGGAAGACUGGAGAAGUUCACACGUGAUAUGCAGGAUCGACUUGUUAAACAAGUUAUCGAACCCAUGGCCUGUGACGGCUUGAGGACCAUCUCCGUUGCCUACAGAGACUUCGUACCAGGGAAGGCCGAUAUUAACCAGGUGCACAUAGACCAAGAACCGAAUUGGGACGACGAAGACAACAUCGUGAAUAACUUGACUUGCCUGUGCGUUGUCGGUAUUGAGGACCCCGUCAGACCAGAGGUGCCAGAAGCUAUCAGGAAAUGCCAGAAGGCGGGUAUAACGGUCCGUAUGGUGACCGGUGACAACGUGAACACGGCUCGCUCCAUUGCCGUCAAGUGCGGUAUCCUCAAACCAACGGACGACUUCCUCAUUCUAGAAGGAAAAGAGUUUAACAAGCGGAUUCGAGAUGCUAAUGGCGAGGUACAACAACACCUAGUGGACCGCGUGUGGCCCAAACUUCGUGUACUGGCGCGCUCGUCCCCCACAGACAAAUACACGCUGGUGAAGGGCAUGAUCGAGUCUAAGGCCUUCGACAAACGCGAGGUGGUUGCAGUCACGGGAGACGGAACCAACGACGGGCCCGCGCUCAAGAAGGCCGAUGUCGGCUUUGCCAUGGGUAUCGCGGGUACGGAUGUCGCGAAAGAGGCGUCCGAUAUUAUACUGACGGACGACAAUUUCUCGUCGAUCGUGAAGGCUGUGAUGUGGGGGAGGAACGUGUACGAUUCGAUCGCGAAGUUCCUUCAGUUCCAGUUGACCGUCAAUGUGGUAGCCGUGAUCGUUGCCUUCAUCGGUGCCUGCGCCAUCCAGGACAGUCCUCUUAAGGCUGUACAAAUGUUAUGGGUGAACCUGAUCAUGGACACGCUAGCUUCCCUCGCUCUGGCUACCGAAAUGCCCACCCCUGACCUCUUGCAAAGGAAACCCUACGGACGUACCAAGCCACUGAUCAGCCGGACCAUGAUGAAGAACAUCCUCGGUCAAGCGCUGUACCAGCUCUUCAUCAUCUUCAUGCUACUAUUUGUUGGCGAUAAAAUGCUAAACAUCCCAUCGGGACGCGGUCAGCAGUUGAGCUCCGAGCCUUCACAACACUUCACCAUUAUUUUCAAUACAUUUGUAAUGAUGACGCUCUUCAACGAGAUAAACGCGAGGAAGAUCCACGGCCAGAGGAAUGUGUUCGAGGGGCUCUUUACUAACCCCAUCUUUUACUCUAUAUGGAUCGGAACCGCUCUCUCUCAGGUGAUAAUAAUCCAGUUCGGCGGUAUGGCGUUCAGUACGGCGGGGCUCACGAUAGACCAGUGGCUGUGGUGCCUGUUCUUCGGAGCCGGGACCCUGGUGUGGGGACAACUGGUCACCAGCGUGCCUACACGGAAGAUACCCAAGAAGCUCAGUUGGGGUCGUGGUCAGCCCGACCCCGAGACGAUCCAGCCAGGACCCGACUACGACUCUGACCUCGAUAAAAAGCCUCGCGCCGGUCAGAUCCUCUGGAUCCGAGGACUCACACGCCUUCAGACACAGGUCAUAGGUGGCGAGUUACAAGAGCGCUUGAUUCCUGUGCCCUACAGCAAGACGUCUACCGAUCAAGCUAUCCGCGUGGUGAACGCGUUCCGGCAGGGGCUGGACUCCCGCGGCUCGCUGGCGGACGCGGCGCUUGCCGAGGCGCUUCGCAAGCAGACCGCGCUGUCGAAGCGCUACUCGCACUCCUCCAGCGUGGAAUACGCGGACGCCCCUCGAGAGGCUCUAGCCCCCCACGACCUGGACGUCGAGCGCCUCUCCAGCCACAGCCACACCGAGACCGCCGUCUAACCGCCCCGCCCGCAUGAGUUAUUGUUAACUAGUGUGUUUAAUUCGAUUGUUUUGAAAAUAUUUUAUUAUUAUACGCGCGCGCCGUGCCGCGCGCGUCUGUUGAACAAAUAAAAAAUAUUGUCUAAUUAUUAAUUUUAGAUUUAAGCGCGAGGACGAGCGAAUGGGCGUGUGUUUUUUGAAAAUAAAAAUAAAAAUUUUCGCGUAGCAUCGUGUCGUCUCUUACACGGAAUGAAAUGUUUUAUAUUGCUUUUGUCGAAGACGUGUUGUGGUGCGCCUCGGGGAGGGGGCGGGUCCGCGGCCGCCUUGACUCAUCCUUUUGUAUAAAGUUAUUUCAUUUGUAGCGAAGUAUCAUCGUUUGUACGUACGCCGAGUGACACUAGCGGCGCUGCCCGCCCCCCGCCCCACCCGCGCGCCUUGAACUUAACUAAAUUAUUGAAGUAUUAGUUAAGGUGUUUGUUAUAAAUUUCAAUAACUUUUUUGUUUUUACGACCUUUUCCCCUAAAUCUAAGUAUACAUUUAAGUCAUAUCUCGAAGCGUAGACGCAUCAACAGAAAAGUUUCUAUACAAGAACCGAUGUCCGCUUUCUUGUGUAAAAACUGACGUAGUCCACUUUAAACAUCUUCAAAAUGUUUAAAUAGAAAUAAACAUUAAAUUGUAUAGCUGAA